GAGGGACUUCUACAAGAUCCUAGGGGUGUCCCGCAGUGCCUCCAUUAAGGACAUCAAGAAGGCCUACCGCAAACUGGCACUGCAGCUGCAUCCCGACAGGAACCCUGACGACCCUCGGGCACAGGAGAAGUUCCAGGACCUGGGGGCUGCCUAUGAGGUCCUGUCAGAUGAGGAGAAGAGGAAGCAGUACGAUGCAUACGGUGAGGAGGGACUGAAGGAUGGGCACCAGAGCUCCCAUGGAGACAUCUUCUCACACUUCUUUGGAGACUUUGGAUUCAUGUUUGGAGGUAACCCUCGCCAACAAGACAGGAACAUUCCCCGAGGCAGCGACAUCAUUGUGGACCUGGAGGUUACGCUGGAAGAGGUGUAUUCGGGAAACUUCGUAGAAGUUGUCAGAAACAAGCCAGUGGCAAGACAGGCACCUGGCAAACGGAAAUGCAAUUGUCGGCAGGAGAUGAGGACCACCCAGUUGGGUCCUGGACGUUUCCAGAUGACUCAAGAAGUUGUUUGUGAUGAAUGUCCCAAUGUCAAGUGAGUGAAUGAGGAGCGAACACUAGAAGUGGAGAUAGAGCCAGGUGUGAGAGAUGGUAUGGAGUAUCCCUUCAUCGGAGAGGGUGAACCCCACGUGGAUGGGGAGCCAGGUGAUUUGCGCUUCCGAAUAAAAGUUCUGAAACACCCAGUCUUUGAAAGAAGAGGAGAUGACUUGUAUACAAAUGUGACAAUCUCACUGGUCGAGGCACUUACAGGCUUUGAAAUGGAUAUUGCCCACUUGGAUGGGCACAAGGUUCACAUUGCUCGGGAUAAAAUUACGAAACCCGGGGCCAAAUUGUGGAAGAAAGGAGAAGGUCUUCCAAAUUUUGAUAACAAUAAUAUCAAAGGCUCACUAAUAAUAACAUUUGAUGUGGAGUUCCCCAAAGAGCAACUGUCAAACGAACAGCGGGAAGGUCUCAAGCAGCUGUUGAAACAAGGAUCAGUGCAGAAGGUGUACAAUGGAUUGCAGGGAUAUUGAUGUGUGGAAAAAUUGGACUUAACUGAAAAUGAAAUGUCAGAUUUGAUUGCAGUCUUUUCUCCUGCCCGUUAUCGAAUGGAAAAGAGGGAGGGUGGGGCAAUUUUGAGGUAUAUGUAACUUUUUUCCUUUGUAAAUUGUGAAGUGCUCAGACGAGUUAGGGGAAAUACUACCCUUUUCAGGACAUAACUGGUGCUGCCUAUCUUGUUCCAUGUCCUGGAACAACAGAGACUCUUUGAGCAGAAAAAAAAAUGGGGAAAGGAGAUUUAAAUUCCACACAGAUUGGAAUUUCUGGUUUUUAAAUAUAUUUUGAUGUGACUUUUCUUGACCAUCUCA